CACAACACUCAAAAACCCAACACAUUACUGUGAAACUGGAGAUAGACACAUUUGUCAUGUAGCUAUGUAACAAAUGUGAUAAUAGUACUCCAUAUUUUUCAUAUUGCCUUGUCAUUUGAUGUGUCAUAACAUCGCAUCGUAUCUUGCCCAUCAUCUUGUUUGCACAAAUCUGUGUGUGUGUGUGUGUGUGCGCGCACGCGCGGGUCGCUCUGUCCAGUAUUAGACGCCAGAUGACGCUCUUGUCUAACGGUCUCGCCCUUUUUAGCCCAGACCCUUAGAUGAUUUCCAUACCGAGAAGUUAUCGGACACGUUCCCCUGUCUAUCAAUAACCUCCUGGGGAUCAAGCCAAUUUAUGAGUGGCCAGGAGCUGCACGUGAUUCCAUUUAAACAUUCCAUAUUUGGGCAUUACACGUCGUAUCAAGAAAAAAAAGAAAAUGAUUUCCUCCACCUAUAAAUCCUGCUGUUUUUUUUAGUACAAACCUGACGUCCUCUAGAAAUACAAAUAAAGCCCAAUAAACAAAUAAAACUUCUAAACAACUUAUGUAUACUUUAUUAGCUGAUUCUAUCUCUGCUGUGACCGAGUGCUUUUUGUGAGUCUCUCCAAGGUUACAUUGUUUUGGAAACAGAAUGAGCUCAUACGUUGGAAAGUCGUUUUCUAAGCAAACGCAAGACGCCUCUUCUUGUAGAAUGCACACUUUUGACAACUAUGGAGCUCACUCUGAGUUCCACGAGUCCAAUUACGCGUACGAAGGACUUGAUCUCGGCGGAUCGUUCAGUUCUCAAAUCCCCUCCAACUCUUUAAAACGGGAGGCGAUAAACACAACCGACAGUGCAAGGAGCAGUACAGCAGUCCAGCGUACACAGUCCUGUUCAGCUCUGGGCUCUCGUAGCUUUGUAAGCACUCACGGGUACAACCCCCUCAGUCACGGACUGUUGAGCCAAAAAGCCGAGGGGAAUAUGGAAGUUAUGGAGAAGCCCAGCGGCAAGAGCCGAACAGACGAUGUCAAAAUGGAGACUACUUCAGCGAUAAAGCAACAAACUAAUUCGACUCAGCGUCAGAACCAGUCGCAGCCGCAGAUAUAUCCGUGGAUGACAAAGCUACACAUGAGCCACGAAUCUGAUGGUAAACGGUCACGAACCAGUUACACCCGGUACCAGACUCUGGAGUUGGAGAAAGAGUUCCAUUUCAACCGAUACCUCACACGUCGCAGACGUAUCGAGAUUGCCAAUAACCUCUGCUUGAACGAGCGCCAAAUUAAAAUUUGGUUCCAGAACCGUCGCAUGAAGUGGAAGAAGGACUCAAAGUUGAAAGUGAAAGGAGGACUAUAAUAACGUGGUGUACGGCUUCAGCUUGAAAAUAAAGGCAGUGUUAAGUUGUAGUGAAACAACGAACGAUUUAAAAUAGAUUUUCUUGUUGACAACAGUUGAUGUCUUUCAUUUGUCUCCAGCAUCAUGUUGUUAUGUGAAUAUGUCCAUAUUUUCAAUAUUUAUUGAUAGUGCUCCCUCCCCAGAGUGCAGGAGGUGCUUAUUUGAAUAAUGUAUGAGCUUAAACUUUAUUUGAAUAUGCUUUACUAAAUUCACUUGUAUCAGUAACUAACAUAAUAUACCAAGGCCUGCAUCCAGUUACGUUGACUUAAAUGUAAGUGCAAAUAAUGUGGUGCUUUGCUUGAACAUUCAUCAAUUGGACAAUUGCAUUUUGAUGGGACUUGUCUUUUAACCAUUGUACUUUCUGUCGUAAAUACAACUAUAAUAUCCACACAAGGAUAGUAAACCGCACGUGAUGACAAUGCAACACAUAAAGUGUCAUAUUAAUCCCUGUGUAUCAUGUUGUCUGUCAGCCAGCAGCCAAAUGGUAAUUUUUUCUUGACGAUUAUGUCUGUUUAAAUACUGUGCAAUCCGAAUAUUUUGCUCUUUUACUGUGUUUUGGGGACUAUUUUUUCAGACAGGUACCUUGACGUUUGUUUCUCUACACUCGAGGAUCAUAUAUAGGACAUCCUGUAACGACUGUAAGGAGUGGCUUAUUGAUACCUCUCAUUCCAAACAAGCUACACGACCUACUUUUGUGUGAAAUGCAUUGUUCUAUGAUCCAUUAUUUCUGAUAUUCCAACCGAUUGUUUUCGAGGUUUCACUGCUAAGCCACGUCGAUAAUUUUCCAGUCAGUAAUGUAUUAUAACAGUAAUAAGAUUAAUUUUUCAAUAGUGGCAACAUAUCAGAAAGUUUCCUCACUUCUGGGUUAAAAGCCAUCUGUGUCCAAUAAAACGUCCAAUGUGGUAUCAGUGUAAAUAAACUUGAUUAACCGUAAAGAAUAUCCUAUUGUUAAUAUUAUUUUUUGUCUGUUGAAGCAACCGAAAAAAAAGAGUCUUUCUUUACACAUUGCAUUUUUUUUAUUUGCACUCAAGGCCCUUUUGAUAAAAGAGUUAAGAGAGAAAAUCGUUUAAUAUCGCGCGAAUUGAAUAUGAUUUUGAUCAAUAUUCGUGUGUCCAUCCAAGUCUGGAUGUGUAUACUUCCACUGAUGAGAGAUGAUUGAACCUUAACGCUCUGGUCACUUAUUUACAGUAGCCCUUAAACGGAGGCACAUAAAACUUUAUGACCCCAAUAAACUUUUACAGCACUUCCUCUCACCCAUCAGAUACUGACAACUGUUUCCUUUUUUAACAGAUCGGCGGAAGUUUACACAAACAUUUCAAAGUGACGUUUUGGUACACAGAACUAAAAAAAAAAAAAGAAACAAUAAGAUAGUUUUCACACUUAAUCAAAUACUGUCCAACUAAAUUACGAAAACACGAAUUAUUUUUCGAAAAUGCAUUUGCAGUAUGAUAGCCUACAACAGCGUUAUUAAUCGUCUAUCGUGUGAAGCACUUAAUUAAAGACGUUAAGAGUGAAUUGCUCAUGCUACUACAUUAUUGUUGAAAUUUGUCAUUCAGAUAAUGAGACAUAUGAUGCUAGUCACCCAAUGCGCCGAAAUCAUGUAAUCCAGGCCCGUGUUAAACAAAGGACACAAGAGCAUUGCCUGCGUGUACAAAAUGCUAAUUUUCUACUGGCUCAUUCUACACUCAGACAUAUUUUAGUUUUUAACUCACUCCUCUCCGCGUUCGAUGUAACUUAUUUGAAAGGCUACGGAACAUUUAAUCUAUGUAUUUCUAAAGAUUAUGUAUGACUGUUAACAUUAAUACACACUAAUCUCAAAAUAAAAACUGCCAGCUAGUCCAUUUAUACUACUGUUUCAAAAGAGCUUUCAUUUUAGA